AUGGUGCUGGAGAAGCUCGUGCAUGCCGCCCCUACGAAGAGGGUCAUCGCGAUGGCCGUGGGAGGCUACCUCACUACCGGCGCUGCGAUCUUGUACCUGUCCCAGAUUAAUUCGAGCAUGCCUGACACAAUGCGCGCCGAGUGGCACGCCGCCACGGAGGACUACCGCCGAUACCAAAACAUGGACCGCGUUCGUUCCUCCUGA